CAUGACUUCAGCAUUCCAGAGAGUGAAGAUCCUAAUUUUCUCCAUUCUUCUCAUCUGCGUCUCCGAGGAUGCCUGAAGAUGAUGAGGUGACUGCACGACUUCUCGUUCCCUCUGACAAUGAUUCCGGGCCCAGAAGACGCCUGAGUGUGGACCGAAGGCUCCAAGUGCACGACUCCGCCAAUGCCACAGAUCGAUGGCCCAAGAGUUCUAUGAAGAAACGUGAUAGAACUCUAUCAUUGUCAAUAUGUGCUGCAGUGGUACUGAUGGCCACUCUCGUAUUCUGGACUCGCUCUUCCGCGAUCCGUCCGCUACGACCCGUAGUUCCUCCUGGACAACAUCCCAUUGGUGUCCUGAUGGAUCAAGCCGAGAAAACGUUUAAGGAUUUGAUUGCCAAGCAGAGCGGGAGCUUUGAUCAGGCGGUGCUAGAAUACAACAGAAGAUACCGCAGGAGACCGCCCAAAGGAUUCGACAAGUGGUGGGAGUUCGCGGUGAACAGGAGCUUCGUUUUGAUCGACGAAUUCGACACUAUCCAUCGGGAUCUGGAGCCUUUCUGGGGUCUAUCGGCGGAACAAAUUGAAGACCGUCGGAAGGAGUUCACGGCCAUGUCACGAGAAAAGACACUCCUGUCCCUCGAGAUCCGAGGUGGACGUAUCAAUUUUGCAGAUCCACCGGAAGGUGUCGAGAAAAUCUGGGACCACCACGGAGACAUGAGAGAAUUGUUUGCAGCCUUCAUCGAUCAACUUCCCGACAUGAACGUGCUUAUCAAUCGGAGCGAUUUCCCCUUUGUUUUCGUAUCCUGGGAGGAGCGGCAGCGGCUUGUGGAGCUCGGAAGGAGAGGCGAGGUCGCGGACGAUGCAGAUGAGAUAGGCCCAGAUCCGAUUGCAGUGGCCGCGGGGAAAGGAUUCGGAUUUGAAGACCUUCGUUCUGCCUGCUCGCCCGAAUCUGAGGCAAGGUCCUUCGAACUCGACGCACUGGGCGGUGUAUCCUAUCCAUUAGGGCCCAUGGAGGAUUCGUUUCGGCUUUCUCCUUCCCAAGGCGGCCUGAUUUAUAAUUUUUCCCUCGCCUCAGAUCCAUGUCAUAACGUCGCUGUGCGAAAUCAAAAUGGCAACUUUCUUCGUCCAGUCUGUCGGCCACGCUGUGUUCGGAACCGUCUGUACCCAAUCUUUUCAUGGUCCAAAUAUCGUGCCGGGUCCGAUAUUACCAUCCCUUCCAAAUAUCGCUGGCAGGAGACUCCAGAUGAUCCCCUCGAAUGGGAUAAGAUGAAGAACAAAGUCUUCUGGAGAGGCUCUUUCACCGGGCGGCCUGGGUCCAAUGAAGCUGGACGGAUGUUCCGAACGCAGCGGAUCAGAUUGAUUGCUUGGCUUCAGGAUGUUUGGGACAACGUCUCCAUACUGGCUCGCAACAACGACGGACAAUACGAGAUGGCGCAGAUGGCCGUUCGCAAAGCCGCCCCUCGUUGGACCGACAUUGGUCUAGUUGGCAACGAGCCUUGGUUUACGGAUAAAAACCUGGAGGAGAUGCAUAUCAAACCCGCCAAAGGAGUCUCCAGCGAUGAGCGAUCGACUUUUAAGCUCCUGCUAGAUAUCGAUGGCUGGGGUUGGUCUGCUAGGUUCCGCUCCCUACUUCUAUCGCCGGGGGCGACAAUGAAGACGACUGUGUACCACGAGAUCGUCUCAGAUUGGCUAGUGCCUUGGUACCAUUUCAUACCCGUCAGCUACGACUACUCGGACAUGUUUACUAUCAUCGCAUACUUCUUCGGCAUCCAGGAAUCGGGUCAGAAGCAUCACCAAGACGAGCUGAAAGCGAUCGCAGACAGGAGUCGAGAGUGGGCUGAAAAGCAGUUAAAGUGGGAGCAUAUGGAAGUGUACUUGUACCGCCUCUUCUUAGAGUGGGGUCGGCUGACUUCGGUGGAUCGAACCACCAUGGAUUAUGUUGCAUAGGGCAAUUUUGGGAUUUUCGGUCAUUCAUAUCGCUCGGUUUCAGAACGUGUCCACUGACACAUGCAUAGAUGCAAUG